CACAAGAAAAGAACCCAAUAAUGAACUAAAGAGACAGCUAAAUGGUGUGUUUCUUUUAAAACACGUUUAGAAAUUCUAUAAUUCUGUCAUUCAUCUAACGAACGUCAGAAAUCAAUUUACUGGACACACGAGGCAAAACUGUAUUUUCAAAGUGGUGAGAAAACAUAACAGCGCGUUACACAUUUUGAGCUCAUCUCAAAAACUUACCUGAAAGUUAUGUAUGGUCAUAUUUGAUAACGUUUAGUAGCGACAGAAAUUAUUUUAACCAGCUCGCUGAUAAUGACCGUGAAGACUACUGUAUCUCUGCGCGUGACAUUCUUAACGGCCCGCAGCAGUUUUCCCGGGCUAAUGAAAUUCAAACCGUUCCAGUUUUCAGCAAUAUUAACUUCGUUUUUUUUUUAGCAUCAUCCAGACACCGGAUCAAUACACUAAUAAAUUAAAUCGCUAGGUGGCACUCUUUCAAUGCUUAAAAGAAAUUUGAGGGCACUGAUGUUAUUUUCUAAAGUUAAUUUUUUAAUUAAUUUCACAGUUUUUAAUAUAAUGUUUAUUAAUAUAUGUUCUGAACAGACGAGAAAAAUCUAAUACUUUAAGUAAACUAGGCUUCUUUUGUGUAACAUUUUAAUUAUAUGCUUUUACAAUAAUUAAUCAGUUAAGGAAAUACAAAAAAAAUAAUUUGCAAUGCAGCUGAGUAAAUGACGUGUAUGUCAUGAUACAUAAUGGCAUAUAAUUAUUGUUUGUGGGAAUUAAUGUUUGUGGUCUUGUUUAGCAAUGAGAUGAUUUCUCUGUAUGAGGUAUUUUUCUAAUUCUUUUAUUAGGUCAGCUGUUGUUCACUCUAAAUGGAGUCGUCUGCUGAUGUUGCUGGCUCAAUAAAUGGUGUCCUAGCAACCAAAUAUACUCUUGUCUUCAUAAUAAAAGUCCUAGUGAUUUGGAAGUGUAAAGUUACUCAGUGUCUAAUAUGAUCCAUCUUCUCUACAACAUAUAACAUAACUCUAUUUAAAUUUUAGAAUUAAAUAUACAAUAAUAUGUUUCAGGGAAAAAUGUCAAUGUAUUAAAUCGACGACUUACGAAAUUCCCUUCAAAAGUAUUGCGUGUAUUUGGGUAUUUUUAACAAUUGAUAUAUAUGUAUCUAUUUUUUGUAUUUUAAGUGUUAAUGUUUUAAUAAAGGCAAAACUUAUCCAAUAAUGCAAAGUGUGUUGGUGUCUGUGUAGCAGACCUUUAUUUUGACAGUGCACAGUUUAUUAAUCAGGAAGUAAACUCUCGUUGAGUGAGAUUUCUGACACAACUUGCGUUUCAUAGGAGUAAUCUCAUCAUGAGUAGAGUCUACUACAUCCUCAGUGCUGCUCUAUUUGUGUUAGCAAUUCCAGAGACCAAGACUCUGCUGAAUAACUCCAAUGACUGUUGUGAAAGAAUAAAGAAAAUGAAUGAAACCUGUGCAAAUAGUACACUCUGCGAUCCUGGUCUCCUUAAUGUUCAAGAAAACAGUACAAACUUUUGUGUGUCCUGUGACUCACCAGAGCAGGGGAAUUCAACACUUAACAAUACAAGGAUCAGUCAAACACCAUUACCUACAUUCCCAAUUAUUGGUGGUCCAGGGGUGGCUGCCUCUGUUCUUUUAGGAACUCUGCUCAUCAGCCUGGGUCUCAUUCUCUCCGUUGCAUCGUUCUUUUACCUUAAGCGAUCAAACCGCCUCCCUGGUGUCUUCUACAAGCGCAACAAGGCUUUUAUAUUUCAACCAAGUGAGACGGCUGUCAUGAUUCCUGAAGCCACCGGUUCAGUUCGCAAACCGAGAUAUGUCAGGAGGGAGAGGCCUUCAGCAACAUCAGCAUCCAAGAGUGCCACUGUGGCAACAGGGGCAGUAACAAAGGUAUACAAUGUGUGACCAGCUUUUAUGAGCCAGAUUUUAAAAUGGAAGUCUGUCCCUUAGCACUGUUUUUUUUUUUAUUAACAUUUUUUUUUGUAAAAAUCUCGGUUACGUACAUGAGCCAGUGGUAUGUUACUGAUGUAGGCUUGCCAAUAUUUAUUUAUAUAUUUUUCACAUAAUAUGUUUAGUUGUUUUUUUAAGAGAUCUUGUUGCACUACUAGAGUAUUUUUGAGUGUCAUACUUUAAUCGGGUAACUUGUGUCCUCGAUGAAAUUUGUAAUGUUUAUAUUUAUUAGCAUUAUUUUCAUGUGAUAUAGUAAUGUUAAAUUUUGUGACAUUGUACCUAAGAUCCAAAACAAGACUUCCACGAUUUGUGAUAUUUGCACACAACUCCUCCAACCUCAUUGCAUUGCACCUAUUUGUAUUUUUUAAGCUGAGAUAAAUCCAUUUUAAUGAUUUCCAACUUAUUAAAAUUUAACAUUUUCUACUGAUUCUGUACCUUUUCCACCAAUCUCAUUAGCACUUGCCACAUACAUCUAUUGCUGAAAAAUAUAUUUUAUAUUUAUGUUGGAUACAAAUCAAUACUAUAUUAAAUAUUUAUGAUUCUGGCAUGCACCAAAGAUGUCCCCAGAUAUAUAAUGAAUAAUUAAAAAUGUGCUAUGUCAUAACGUGACAUUUUUGCUGUUAAUCAGCAAAAUAUAAGCAAAACUGUAGGGAAAUGUCCCAGAUAGUAGUGUUAUAGUGUUUUGACCACUUUCUGUUUCCACUUUAAAAGACAAAGUGCCAUUAACUAAAUGUGCUAAAGAAUGAAGAACAUCUUGAAUAUUUUUAAGUUUUUAGAUUGUAUGAUUAUAGAAGAACUUGUAUAUGAUCUGGUAAAUGUAUAUGGUUUUAGUUGAAGAGGAUAAAGCUUGGAAUAGUAAAGAAAGUAAUGCACUGGUAUUUAUUUGAAGGGGGCAAUUUUUCUUUUUCAUUUUUUACUUUAUUUUGUAUUAAUUAUGUAUUGCAAGUAGUGGCCUUCACAAUGCCAUAUAUAUAUUUAAGAUUUUCCGUUUAAGGUUUUUCUUAUUUUUUGAAUUAUUUUUAUUUUUCUGUACCUUUUCUACAUAUUUUAGUAUAUGAAUGUUUUUUUAUUAUUGUAAUAUUUAAAAUCUUCGGUAUGCUGUUUUAAUAUAAAGCAAAUAAUGUUUACUUAAUAGAUGUAAAUGCCACUGUUUGUGUAGGGGGUAGGUCUGUUAAAAAAUAACCAAGUAGAUUCAACUUAUUUCUUUUGCUGUUUUUAUUGGCUGUUGUGCAGCGACUGGAAACCAUGUCCAUAGGUUUUGUAUACAACUUAUGUUCAGAUAUCAGAUGUUGGAACUUUUUGUAUGUUGAUUUCUUGAUGUUGAGUAAUGAUCACACAUAUUGAAUAUUUUAUGAUGUCAGUGUUUACGGAAAUAAAAGACAUUUUGAUUUAUGAUAAUUCAGCAAUGUUUAUUUUGUAUCAUUUCACAAAGCACACACACAAAGAUUUUGGAUCACAUCAACAUGGUACAAUAUUAAUCAAUGGUGGGAAUUCUUGGAAGAGUUGA